GAAACCUCAAAUCGGCUGGCUUUAUUGGACCUUUUUAAGUUUUUAGCAAUUUCUUAGUUCACUUUAAACAUUUCUCCCUGAAGAUUGGAAUUUUUUUUUGAACGACUUCAAGAAGCGAGCAUAACUUAUCCUCCAGCCAAAAUGAGGCGGCUGACGCUUAAACUGCGAGCACAGAUGGUGUUGUUUAUCAUGUGCACCUGCAUUAUAUGCCAGUGUGGACUAAUAAAAGGAGAAAUCUGCUCGAGCAAGGACAUCCGGAAUAACGUGACCAACCUCCAGUCGUUGGAGAACUGCACCAUCAUCGAGGGCCACCUAAAAAUCCUGCUCAUGUUUAAGACCAGGACGGAGGACUUCCGCGGCCUGAGCUACCCGAAACUGCGAGUGGUGACGGACUACGUGCUGCUGUUCAGGGUCUACGGCCUCGAGACGCUCAGCGAUCUGUUCCCCAACCUGACGGUGAUCCGCGGCAACAACCUCUUCUUCAACUACGCUUUCGUGCUUUACGAGAUGCUGCAGAUGAAGGAGAUGGGCCUGUACAGCCUCAUGAACAUCACCCGGGGCGCCGUGAGGAUCGAGAAGAAUCCGGACCUGUGUUACCUGGCCACUCUGGACUGGUCCAAGAUCCUGGACUCGGUGGAGGACAACUUCAUCGUGGCCAAUAAGAAUGAGAGAGAGUGUGGAGACGUGUGUCCAGGCAUAGCCCAAGGUCAGACCAUCUGCCCUCAGAGCACCAUCAACGGACACUUCAGGGGACGAUGCUGGUCACAGACUCACUGCCAGAGAAUGUGCGUGGACAACUGUAAGCACAGUGCCUGCACCCCCCAGGGCCAGUGCUGCCACGACCAGUGCCUGGGCAGCUGCUCUGAGCCGGGUAACGCCAGCAGCUGCGUGGCCUGCAGGAACCUCCAGCACGGGAACGCCUGCGUAGAGAAAUGUCCUCCUGGAUACUAUAUCUUCAGAGGGUGGCGCUGUGUCAGCUUUGCUUUCUGUCAGGACCUCCACAACCAGUGUAAGCAGACUCGGAAACAAAACCAGGACCGGGACUCGGGCUGCCAUGAAUACGUCAUCCACAGCGGAGCCUGUAUCCCAGAGUGCCCUUCCGGAUAUUCCAGUAUAAAUUCCACUACGCUGACUUGCUCACGGUGUGCGGGCUUGUGUCCUAAAGAGUGUGUGGGAAACAAGACCAUCGACUCGGUAACGUCGGCCCAGGCUUUGAGGGGGUGCACCAUUCUUAAAGGCAACAUGAUCAUCAAGAUUCGAGGAGGCAAUAACAUAGCAGCCGAAUUGGAGGCGAGUUUGGGUCAGAUUGAAGAGAUCACAGGCUACCUGACCAUCCGCAGAGCUUACGCCCUGGUCUCCCUCUCAUUCCUCCGCAAACUGCGUGUCAUCAGGGGGGAGCAGCUCGAGGCAGAGGCCUAUGCCUUCUAUGCGCUGGACAACCAGAACCUCCGUGAGCUUUGGGAUUGGUCCAAGCACAACCUAACCAUCCUGCGUGGUCGCACAUUCUUCCACUACAACUCUAAGCUUUGCAUGUCUGAAAUCCGAAAGAUGGAGACGGUGACUGGAACCCGGGAUCGAAACCAAAAGAACGACAUCGCUUUACGCAACAACGGGGAGCAAGCUUCCUGUGAGACGAAGCUGCUGAACUUCACUUUGAUAAAGACCAAGUCGAAUAUGAUUAUACUGAGGUGGGAGCCAUUCUGGCCAGCAGACUUUAGGGACCUGCUGGGAUUCAUGGUUCUCUACAAAGAGGCGCCGUAUAAGAACGUCACCGAGUUUGAUGGACAGGACGCCUGCGGCUCUAACAGCUGGGUGAUUGCCGAUGUCGAUCCGCCGCCUCGUUCCACGGAGGGAAAGAAGGCAGACGACCCGGGGUACCUGAUCCGACCGUUGAAGCCCUGGACCCAGUACGCCAUCAUGGUCAAAACGCAGCUGUCUGCGUCUGAUGAGCACCAAGUCCACGGAGCCAAGACCGAGAUCAUCUACGUUCAGACGGAUGCUUCCAAACCCUCUGUUCCUCUGGACCCCAUCUCCUCCUCCAACUCCUCCUCUCAGAUCAUCCUGAAGUGGAAACCGCCCACCAGUCCCAAUGGCAACAUCACCCACUACCGGGUGGUCUGUCGAAAGCAGGCGGAGGACAGCGACCUGUACAAAUUCGACUACUGCUUACAAGGAAUGAAAGUGCCGUCUCGCAUCCCGACCCACCUGGACAGCGAGGAUGAGCACAAGUGGAACCAAACAGAUGAGCCCACCUCGGGCGGCAGGUGCUGCGCCUGCCCCAAGACGGACAGCCAGCUAAAGAAGGAGCAGGAGGAGAUAGAGUACCGCAAGACCUUCGAGAACUACCUGCACAACGAAGUCUUUGAGAGCAGACCAUCCCGGCGGCGCCGCUCGGUGGGAGUUGCUAAUGCCACUCAGCCUCCUCUCUUCCUUACUACAGUUCCCAAUCUGCAGUUGGAUUCAGGCACAAUCGCCCCCGAUGGCGAGGAUCAAGAGGAAUCCAAGGUGGAACAAAAGGUGUUCUCAAAGGAGUCGACGGUCAUCUCCAACCUGCAACACUUUACCAGUUAUAAGAUAGAGAUCAUAGCCUGCAACGAUCCGACAGAUCCCAAACGCUGCAGCAUGGCUACUUAUAUCAGUGCCCGAACUAUGCCUGAGGAGAAAGCAGACGACAUCCCAGAGCCCGUGACCCACGAGAUUGUGCAAGGCGAGCCUCCCUAUGUGUUGAUUAAGUGGAAUCCACCCAUCAACCCUAAUGGGCUCAUCAUCCUGUACGAGGUCUUCUACAAAAAGGUCGGAGACUCAGAGGUUCACACGACCUGUGUGUCACGGCCGGCCUAUCAGAAGCUCGGUGGCACCAAGCUUUCCCUUGUUCAGCCUGGAAACUACAGCGUGAGGGUUCGCGCCACCUCGCUGGCAGGAAACGGCUCCUUUACUGAGAUGAUUUACUUCUUCAUGCCCAACCCUGAUCAAGGUUUGAUUUGGAUUGUCAUGGGUCCCGUCAUCUGCUUCAUCCUGCUGCUACUCGCGGGAGGUGGAGCGUUUGUGUACUUCAAAAAAAGGCAAACCGAAGGCCCCUUAGGAGAUCUCAUCACCUCUCCAAACCCCGAGUACUUCAGCGCUGGUGACAUGUACGUUCCUGAUGAGUGGGAGGUGCCCCGGGAGAAGAUCGCACUGCUCAGAGAGCUCGGUCAGGGCUCCUUCGGCAUGGUGUACGAAGGAGUCGCCAAAGACAUCGUCAAAGGCGAUCCGGAGACGCGUGUGGCCGUCAAGACGGUCAACGAAUCGGCCAGCCUGCGAGAGAGGAUCGAGUUCCUCAACGAAGCCUCCGUCAUGAAGGCUUUCAGCUGUCACCACGUGGUGCGUCUGCUUGGCGUGGUGUCCAAAGGUCAGCCCACCCUGGUAGUGAUGGAGCUGAUGACCCACGGGGACCUGAAAAGCUACCUGCGGAGUCUCAGGCCAGACUCUGAGAACAACCCGUCUGGUUCCCCACCGCCGACUCUGAAAGACAUGCUCCAGAUGGCUGCAGAAAUCGCCGACGGCAUGGCCUACCUCAACGCUAAAAAGUUUGUCCACAGAGACCUCGCAGCCAGGAACUGCAUGGUGGCGGAGGACUUCACCGUCAAGAUCGGAGACUUUGGUAUGACACGAGACAUCUAUGAGACGGACUACUACCGUAAAGGAGGGAAGGGCCUGCUUCCUGUCCGGUGGAUGGCACCCGAGUCCCUGAAGGACGGAGUCUUCACCGCCCACUCUGACUGCUGGUCGUUCGGUGUUGUGCUGUGGGAGAUCAGCACGCUGGCCGAGCAGCCUUACCAGGGUUUGUCCAACGAGCAGGUGCUGAAGUUCGUCAUGGAAGGAGGAUUCCUGGAUCGACCGGAGAACUGCCCUGAGAGGAUGCACAGCCUCAUGCAGAUGUGCUGGCAGUACAAUCCCAAGAUGCGUCCGACGUUCCUCGAGAUCAUCGAGAUGCUGCGGGACGACCUGGACCCGUCUUUCCAGGAGGUCUCCUUCUUCUACAGUGAUGAAAACAAAGUCCCCGAGACGGAGGAGUUUGACCUAGACCUGGACAACAUGGAAAGCAUCCCCCUGGACCCUUCUUCUUACUCCCAGAGAGAGGAGAGCUUAUCCAGGGACAGCGGGCCCUCGGUGGCCCUGAGGGGGAACUAUGAGGAGCACGUCCCCUACACACACAUGAACGGUGGCAAGAAAAAUGGAAGAAUUUUAUCAUUGCCCAGAUCCAGCCCUUCCUAACACUUCCCGUUUCCUCAAAGAACUCUUUGAAGCUUUCCCUUUUCCCCUUUCCGAUCUAUUUUUCUGUCUCCUUCGUGUUCCUCUCAUCAUUUUCGAUGAUGGUGAUUUUCUUAUUCUUCAGAGAAGCCCUUCAAAAAACAAAAAAAGAGACACAAAUCUCAGGACUUUUUAUUUUCUUCCCCGUGGCUCCAGAACACAGGCAAGAUGAUGCAAACGUGGUGUAAGACAUCAGACCAGAAAACCAUCGCUCGUCACUAACGCCGCGUUUCCACGACUCCUUGUGAUGGAAACGGGGAAAAAACAGAAAACUGUGAACACAACAAACCUUAGACAACCAAGAAGGCUGCUCGUGCUCGACCUCCUCGAGACUCGCCCCUCCUCCUCUCCCACCGAUCCGCAUUUCCACGAUUCUGUGCUUUUUUAUUUUGUUUCCCUCUUUUUACUCAGAUAGUGGCCUUUGUGUACGUGGCCUGUAAACAAAGUGUCUACACUACUUGUCCUUUUUGAACAAUGACUUAAUCAGUGGGAUGACUUGCAAAGACUUGAUGGUAGAACAAACAUCUAUUCCUAGAGGAAUGUUUUUGUUGUUUGUUUGUUUGUUUUGCUUCUGCAGAAUUCCAAACGACAGAUUUGUCGGGUGUUUGGUGACAACUUUUAAUUUAUUUGCUUCAAACGUUUCUUUUUGUGUCCUCAAGGCUGAAGGAUAUUUAAACAGUUAAGAAUUGGACAAAAAGAGUCCCUCAGACUGACCAAUAACUGCUGCUUUCAUAUAUUUUAGUGGGUAUAGAAUUAUAUGAGUAUAUAUAAUACACAUAUAUAUGGAAUAUUGGUAUUUCCCUACCAAUAUUUUAUAUAUAUAUAAAAUAGAUGGCAUUGUAAAUAGUUUGUAAUAUUUUCCAUCAGGAGCUUUGCUUGUUCUUUGUUUCGUCGGGUUUAUUAUUCACAUUUUUUACUUCCUUAUUUUUAUCGCCCCAGAAAUCGCUCCAACCUACCGGCAGUGCUCUCCGUGUCUUAGGCCUCCCGCCUCCCUCUUAGUCUUUGUCUGGAUGGGAAACCUGGAAAUGCUGUAAGCUGACUGCAUUUCUUUCCUCUCAAAGUGCACAAUAGUUCAAGACUUCACUACAGCUUUGAAAAUAAACUAAAAACAAAACAACCAAAAAGAGAGAGAAAGAAGCUUUAUGAGGCGUUUGUAGGUCGGCGUGCCCGGGUGCGCCGUCUCUCGUGUCUUCGGUGGCGUUGAGGCUCCCACGUGUUUGUUCCUGCGGUUUUCAUUUUUUUAUUUAUUUUUGUGGUUUCUCCGGUUUGCCCGUCUGUGUCAGCUGCUGGCGAGGUUAGACGGCGCGGUGCUGCUCGGAGUAAAGGCGGAGCAUGAACUGACAGCAGCGGUUGGGUGGGGGGGGAGGCGUUCUGCGUUAGAUGGAGGGGGUUAUCAGAGUCACGCGUUGCCCCUCCACCCGUGCUUGGUCUCCCUGAGGCGUCCUGUUUGCUGCUGAUGUUCAAGAUUAGCCUGGUGGAAAAUUCCAGGUUUUGUGGUCGAAGCCUGAAGGAGACAUACGGACAGUUCCACCUGCAGAUGGAGGGGGGGGGCAGUCUCCCUGUAUUUUUGAGAGAGCACAGGGAGGGGGGGCUGCCAGUUGGUUGCUAGUCCCAUUAUUCUCCCUGCUAUCACUGCAGACUGUGUGCAGCAGCUGUUUCACUCAGGUCUGACAUUCCAGUUGAGUUGGAGCUCCUCGUUCCCUCGAGCCUUUCCUGCCUGUUGGCAGAGCUCACACUAUCACACAGGGACAGACGUUCGCUUUUUGAUUUUCCUCCUUAAUAGAUGACUUCAACACAUACGGUGGCAGACAGAUUUUUCUGAACAUUCACACAAGCAGAAACUUGUCAAAUUGCUCCUGAUGAUGAUUCAAAAACAUUCCUGUCCACUGAUCCAGAGUUCAAAACAAGUCAAGUGUCCUUACGGCUGACCUUUCACUGACCCGCCUUCAUCCAGAGCCCAAAGGUCACCGGUGUUUCGCAGCGGGCCAGCCCGCGGCCGCUCUUCUGUGGUCCUCAGGCAUCAGCCGAUAGUCAGCGGAUCUUCUUCUCCCCCUGAACACACAGAGCAGUGCGGGUGCCAAACUGAACAGACUCACAGCCGAAGCGUUGCUCUCUCACCAAGAACCCAGAGAGUCGAGUCAGAGACCGCCGGGAAGCUGCCUCCAGAUAUUUACCAGUGCCUUCUCAAACCCUGAGCCUCUUCCAGGCUAAAUCUAUUGGCUGUAGUUCAACACACACACAGACGACUCACUGCUUUCUCAUAUUUUUUGGAGGCGGUGUUUCUGCUGCAGACACCGUCGAUCACACCGAGCGCGGAUCGGCCCGAGUCUGCGCCGUGGCCACUAAAAGGGGGCCGGAAAUGAUGGAGUUGUUUUUAGUUCAUCAUACUGAGGAGUGAAAGCCGCGGGCCGGUGGUAGUUUGUUUGGAAAGAUAAAAGCAGACUAACAUCAGCUGCGUGUGCGUCGUGAAAUAUUCCAACUGCAUCACGAUCCGAUCGCACAGCCAAAAGCCGCUCAGAGUCGGCACGUCGCGUGUUCCUGCAAGUCGCGUGUUCCUGCACAUCUGCAGCUCUGAACAUUUUCUUAUGAUCAUCAUCCUGUGAACAAGAACACCGUCAGCAUGUUUAGAGCCGCUGAGGGUGGAGUAAGUGCUGCAGGCUGGUCAGCUGUAGAGAUGGAGUCGGCGGUGGUGAGCGGCAGGAGUGCUCGUUAGUUAAUUAGUUAGUGAUGAUUGUCGUCUGUGUGUUUGGCCGGAGUCUACCUCAGUGCACACGGAGGAAUCGGUCUGCGGAGCCUGAGUCAUGGAUGGGUUCCCAGGUUGCCGUCUUGCGUCCGUGGCGUGCUCUUAUAGACUCUCACAUCUUAUGUUCAAGCCCGCGCGUCGCGUUUUUAAGAGCACUCAUCGCCCCUCUCCUCUGCACGUUUCAUGAACAUUUCUUCACACAAAGCUUCCCACGGUCACUGGAAGCAGCACCGUAGCUUUACUGGUCCCCUUCUCCGCGCUCACCGGGCCUCUGGGCUGUGCGCAAAGCGGCUCUGAUAUCAGAGAACGUGACACUGACAAGAAAAACCAAUAAUAUCGUGACUCUGUUCAUAUCUGUGAUUGCCUUCACGCAGCCAAGGCUGACCGAGCUCAGCCGUGGACCUCACGCUGCUUUAUCUUCUUCGGCGCGUCGAACUGUCUCCGUGCGGUCGAAACAGUCGCUGUGUUCACAUCUCGAGUCUCCUCCUGUUGUACUUUUGUUUCUCUGUUCUGAUUUCAUUCUGUGCGUAUGCUUUUGCUUUUUCUACUGUGAAUGUCGAGUGAUGACCUGUAUUUCCUGUCAAUGCCGUGGAUUGGGUCUGUCGUGGCAGGACGCAGACGCCCGGGCUGCUUACAGGAGGACUUUAACCCCCACCCCCUCCUCCGCCUCUGAAAGGGACUCGGACCAUCCUGUGUGCCAUAACAACUAUUAACUGAAAUCUCGAUUGUAACUUUUUCGUCUCAGGGAGGCGGCCCGAUGCUUACGGUUGGAGAGUAAAGAGGAGGAGGAGGAAGAGCUACCUACCUACCUUUCAUCUGCUCUGACUGAAGCGCAAGUUCUCAGCAUCCUUGCAAAAAGGCGACAAAAACCUAAACACUCUUCUCAUAAAUCAGUUUUUCCCAGCCUGUGAAAUCAGUCAGGACCGCUCCACUCACACGUGAUCUGGUGUGGCCUGCCCUCUAGUGGUCGGAUGGGAGCGUUGCGCGUCAGGGCUGCAAGGACAAACGGCUUCCCCGCUCCUGCGCCAACCCACAGUGCCUAAAGCUCCGUCUGACCCCCUCCUGAGCAGAACUGCCCCUGACAGUCCACCAAUCACAAAAGAGGAUUUUCCCGCCUCCGAACACGAAAUGAAAAUCACAUAAAUUUUGUUCUUGGCGAAACGAUUCUGCUUUUUUUGUUGUUUUAGGAAAUCAUUGUUUUUCUUUUUAACCUUCCCUCCACGCGGAGAGAAAAUAACAGCUGAACUUGUGUCUCUGCUCUGCUAAGCUCUGGCUUGCUUUGUGCAUGAAGAUGAAACAUCUGUACCAGCAGAUAAUUUGAUGCUUUUUUUUUUUUGACAGCCCAAAGUCACGCAAACAAGUGAGCGCACAAACAUUGAAAAGUGCGUUCGUUUGCUGCACGAUUUGUAUGUUUGUCAUUUUCGUUUUGAAUGAACCCAAUAAUAAGCUCUUACGUGUAAAUAGCAGCAGAUCUUCUCGUCCCUGGAAACAAAACGAGAGCGCUUCACUUUUAGGGAAGUUUGGCUUUGUUUUGCUGAACUCUGGUUGGACAGAGCAUGCUAGUAACGCAGCACAGGGUGAGAACAAAGCAUUGUAUGUAUUAUUGUUUUGUUUUAAAGAGAAAAGUAUUACGUUUUAGAGAUGUUGAUAUCUAUUUUUUUUCUAGCCAAAGUAGGGAGGCCGAAUACGACGACCUUUUCUGACUGUAAACUUUUACUACUCUUGUACAUUUUGAAUUUAACAUUGUUAUCAAUGUGUAUAUAACUUUUUCUAAAUUUAAAAAGGUUCUUUUUGUUUUUUCAUGAAGCAGCCCACUACACAGAGAAGUCUGUUAUUGCGCGGCUGCAGUCUCACAGCUUCACGAGUACGCGGCCUGAAAUGUUCCGCACGCCGACCCCGCUCUUAGUCCGAUGCAUGUCCUGAAUGUUGGCCCGAGAGGUCGUGCGAUUUCGGCCCGCCCCCGCCUCCACCCGGCCCCGGCGGCAUGCCACCCUGUCACCCGUAAAGCCUUUCUCACGUCACACACGCUUCACCUGUCGCAGGUGUUUUAGUGUGAAAAUGUUUCCAAGUAACUUGUUUGUUGUUGUUGUUUCUUUGUGAGUGUGGACAAACUGGAAAAGACCACUGUGCGUUAUUUUGAAGAAGAAAACAAAAAAACACAAGCGAGAAAAUCCUGAAUAAGCUAAAGAGAAAACGUGUUAUUGGAGAGGCGUGUCCUCCGCCAGGCUCUCGGCUGCAGAGCUGGAAGGCUGUCACAGGAGUCGUGCAUGUUUUGGUGAAUUCCCUCACGGAGAGGUGAAGCGGAGCUAUUAGUCACUUAUUUUUAUAUGAGCUGUUACGGGGUGAGUUAAGCUAAAGUUUCCCAAAAAAUGACUUCAGUGUGUGUGCAUGCAAUCCCUGUGACUUUUUUCUACUCUUGGCUCUUUGUGAUGUCAUAGAGAGCGGCUAGUGUUGUUUCAGGCAGUGGAUAAAGUAACUGGUUGGACCAACCCUGAGAUUUGGAUAAACAAAGGACUCAUUCAAAGCGACUGUAGCGUAGCGGGUCCUCUCUAAACAUAAAGAUUAGAAAGAGCGAGCGUGACUCUGAUUAACCAAUGAACACAUCACCUGGAUGGUUUAGUCCACAGAAGACCAGCAACAACAGUUUCUCACAUUUACUGGUUUGUUUGUGCGUGCGUGUGCAUGUGUGUGUGCGUGCGUGUGCGCGUGUGCGCGUGUGGACUAAACAGAUUAGUUAUAAUGUGUCUAAUAUUGAACUGUAGGAUUUUAAGGUGUUUUAUCCUGUAUGGAAGCUUGUUUCUGCCACUGGAGCAAAAAAAAUUGAGUAUCUCGGAAUUUCAGCUCGACAGUUUAGUUUAGGUUAGUUUAGGUUUUUCAAUUUACUUCUGCAUAAGUCUAAAAAUGUGACUUAUGCAGAAGUAAAUUGAAAUGUUGUCUGAUGGGCUUUAUUCGUCUUCGAUUGGUGGAAACGAGCUUGGUAGCUUCGCUCAGAGCCACACUCGCCGUGUUCUCCAGUGUCGGACUUUGUGCUAAGCUAGCUGCCUCUGUGCUACAGCUUGGUGUUCCCCCAUAACAUGAACAAGCUUUAUACGAGCGUAAAGGCUGAACCUCUCCUAUGAAUGACUUCCAGUCCUGUGUGUCGCAGCCCUUUGUCAGGUGACAGACAUGAGGACGAGCUUGUGAGAGUCACCCGCCGGUCCAGUGGUCUGCUCCAGUUUACACACCAGUGUGCGAUGCUCGGUCCGAGUGUGUCGUCGUCCUCGGUUGAGAUCUUCACGAGCGCUCUCUUCGUCCUCCUGUUACUUCACGUUUCCUCUCUCCUCGUGCACAUAGGUGGUCCCCAGAAUGCUCUGUGUUGUCUUGCAGGAUACCUCUUUGUUAAUGUCAUUUUAUUGGCAAUGAAUAUGCUGAUGUAUUCUUUUUGGGAUAUGUUGUGUAUAUGUUAUGUUGAAAUGUCGGCGUGUACGCAUACAGCAGGUGUAUAUGUGUGUAUGUGCAGUGCAAAAACACAAAAACGACAAAAAAAGGACGCCUCGCCCCAAAACCCGCAAGAGAUCGCUUCAUCCCUGACACUGGAUCCAGAUGUGCCAUUAUCUUUAUGUACCACAAAAUAUCGACUACACAGUCUCACACACACACACACACAUGCAUAUUGUACAGGAUCAAAAAUGUGCCAUGACGAAAUGAACGCUUGACAAUUUAUUUUUUCUAUGUUUUCAAAGGAGAGCCAAGUAGUGACGUGUACAGAAAGUGUUGCAAUGAUAUGAAAAUAAAAAUCUUGCUGUGUGUAAAUUAUUCAACAAUUAACUGUUUAUAUUAAAAUUAUGAAUAAAAUUAUUGGAGAAUA